AUGGCAGCCGGACUUCGGGCGUCGGUCGCGGUGGACCCGGACCCCGACCAUGACGACGAGCACGCGAGGCGCCGACAUCUGCCAUUGGACGCAGGUGCGGGUCGAUGGCAGGCCGUUCAUGCUACGAGUCACCGUGAGCCCUCCGGCACGUCCCAUAGGCCGCCUGCCCCGCGGCGAGAGCUUCGACCCCGCCGCCCGACAGGCUCGGGCAAGCUCGAGGUCGACUCGCACCGCCUCUGUGCCAUCAUGUACCUAGUGUGA